AUGCAAAAACCAGCCACACUUCUCCUUUGCAGCCGCGAGAGAGGGGGAGACCACGGCAGAGCAGGAGCCAUCGGCCAUCAGGGCAGCGCAGGGCAUGGCCCAGAGCGUGGUCUACGCCGACCUGAAGUUUUCCAUGGCCCCCCCACUCACCGCCCCCGCCGGCCCCACAGCCCCCGAUGAGGACGACAGCCCCUACGAGAACGUGCCACGGGGGCCGGUGCCUGCGCAGCCCAGCCCGGGGCGCUGGCCCCGGCGUUGGCGUGUCCCCGCGGGGAUGCUGGCGGCCAGCCUGCUGCUGCUGCUGGUGACCACCGUGGCCCUGGGGGCUUGCUACUGGCAGGUCACCCACAGGCUGCAGGACACUUCCCAAGAGCUCGUGGCCGAGCAGGACCGCCUCGAGUGGGAGGUGAGCGUGCGGGAGGAGAGCCUGGAGCAGAUGCGGCUGGAGCUGUCGCGGGCCAGAGCGGAGCUGCAGCGAGCGUGGCAGGAGGGCAACAGCAGCCGGUUGGAGCUGGGGAGCCUGAACGCCGAGCUGGGGCGCGUGAUGGGGGUCCUGGGGCAGACGGAGAAGGAGAUGAAGGAGGUGCAGGGGGAGCUUAGGGCCAGCAAGAGCACCGUGAGCAGCCUGCGUGCCUGCAUAAAUACAGAUUGCUGCCCCUCGGGCUGGGUGCUCUACAGGGGCAAAUGCCUCUUCAUCUCGGUGGAGAAGAAAACCUGGCUGGACAGCCAUUACGACUGCAGAAGGAAAUUCGCUUCGCUGCUGGUCCAAGGCGACUGGCCAUCGUGGACGGUGCCGAAUUUCGUGCAGGCACAUGGUGCUGCGUACUGGGUUGGAGCAACAAUUCCUGUUGUCGGGAAGAGGACACCUGUAUGGCAGGACAACAAGCAGUUACACUUUUACAACCUUUCUGCAGACUGCGGGCUAGCAGCUGGCGGGAAUAUAGAGGGUUCAAAAUGCAUGAAAAAGUUCCAGUGGAUCUGCGAGAAACCCCCGAAGCUGAGCAGCACAUAUGAGACCCUCUAUCCUCUCCUGGUUGUGGACUGACUCUGCUGACACCCUACUCCAUCGCAGGACUCGGGGAUGGAAGCUGGGGGUCGCACCUCAAGACCUUCUGCCCUGGGCACUCAUUGCCUCAACCGCAUUGCAAAGCGCUGGGAAAGGUUGUCUGUAUUUUAAAACAAGGCUCAUGGAAAACAGACCUUAUUCCCCUCUCUCACACUCAUGCAUACACUUAAACCACCUUGCACCAA